UUAUUAGACCUGAUGCAUCAAAUUACUCUUGUGGCUUGUGGUUCAUCCAACAACAAAAAAAAGCUUGAAAAUCUCAUUUGGCAAGCGUGCACAAAGCUCGGUGAAUAUAUGUAUAUAAAAAAUUUAAAAACCAUUACCCGCUGGUUUUAUACAUCAUCUUAUUUGACCGUGACACAUCAUCAAAAAUGCUUACUAUGCUCUUCUAAUAGGCGUAGAAAAACAGAAAGAAAAAAAUUAUAAACAAAAUAAAAAAGUAUCGUCCCAAAUCUGGGGGAUUCAGCUCAGUGUAUGAUUGUAUCCAGCUGUAUUUGAAUUGGGAAAAGCGUUCGGUAGUGUAGCUAUGAAAUUUCUUUUGACUUGGACGCUGCUGAGUUUUUGUAUUUUAUUCGGUUGUGCAAGAGCCCAAGGACGAAGUGGCUCUGGUGGCCAUGGUAACACCGGCCAGAUUAGAAGAGAAACAGAUCAUUGCUGGCGAAGAUAUGAUGGAUAUAACAAAAACACGGUGCCAGGACAAAAAAGCGAGCUUAGGAGGCCUUUCGGAGUGUUGUGUACUUUUAAAUGUACAAUACUAUUGUACACUAGUUUUUCCAAGUGCGAAUUCGUCUACGACUAUAAACUGUCAUGUUACUUAUUAACCUCACUGCCUGAUUGUUUAUCGUUAAAGUGUACGUUCCUAGAUUUUAUAAGUAAUUUUUAGCAAGAUUAUUUUUAACAAAAGUACUAAAGAAGUUCUAUUCUACGACAUUUAAAUACCUACUAUUCCAGGUGGCUUGGGUGGCUUUAUUUAAUCUGUCCUCCAUCACUUACAGCUUCCUAUCUUAAUGAACUGCACGUGUUAGCCAAUCACAAACAUUAACAAUUGCAUUGAAAGCUUGAGGAGCAGGGUUGCCAAAAUACGUGUUUCAAAUAAGAGAAGGCACCAAAAUAUCUAAAAUUAUUCGGUUACAUUAAAAUCAAAAAUCUAUGACAAUAUAUAAAAGGAAACGCAAAUUGAAUCGGUUAUUAUGUUAUAGUUUCCUCAUUAAUGCCGUGGUCAGAUUUGAAAUGGAACCACACUGGAAUCACAAGCUUUCCAAUAUAAAAAAGAAUCAUCAACAUCGGUUUACUCAAUUGAAAGUUGCGAGGUAACAAACUGAAAAAAGAAAAAAAAAAAAAUACAGACGAAUUGAGAACCUCCGCCUUUUAAGAAGUCGGUUAAAAAAAAUAAAUAGGUCCACUUUGGCAGAAACAAUAAAUUGUGUAGUAUUUUGUGAAAAGAAAUUUCAUAACUUUUUUCUUGGUGCAAUUCAAGUGACUUAUUAGACAAUAUAUUUAAAUAUAAGCCCAAAAAAAUUAUUAAUUUUUUUCAAAAUUUAUCAAACUUGAAAAUUAAGCCUGAAAAUAAAAACAAAACUUUUAGUUUGCGUAAAUAUUUUACAUAAAAUGAAUACUAUGUAUAAAGCAUAUUGAGUAUGAGUAUACCUGCAAUAAAUGUCGUUUAAUUUGAAACAAGUAUAAUUUUAUAGAAUUUAAUACCUGAUCAUUACAAAGCUAUAGGUAAGUUUCAGAAGUGUAAUUUAAUAGCGGUACGUAAAAUACAUAGACAGGCCUAAAACUGUUUUUAACUU